AUGUGUUGAUUGUGUUAUGUACUCUCAUCGAAACCCACCUAAUUGGGCUUGGGUUGGGCCUAGCAUUGCACGAGCCGAUCAAAAGUCAACAAAUACGAAUCCUCCGCAACAGUUUCUUCACGUUCACGAGAGCAUCCGCUCCAGACUCCAGAGGGAACUGGCACCGGUGGUCUGGAACUGAAACACAAUAAUCCUCCUGGACUUGAUUCUGGGGACAUCGAAACAGACGGGAUCGAGUUAAGCCGGGAAAGAUGACGGAGGCAGUGAUAAGGAAGAAACCAGGGAUGGUUAGCGUGAAGGAGAUGCCGCUUCUGCAGGACGGACCUCCGCCUGGUGGUUUCCCUCCUGUACGGUACGCUCGCCGGAUCCCUACAAAGGGCCCCAGUGCCCUUGCCAUUUUCCUCACUGCAUUGGGUGCUUUCUCAUGGGGCAUGUAUCAGGUCGGCAAGGGCAACAAGAUAAGAAGGGAGCUCAAGGAAGAGAAAUAUGCUGCUCGCAGGGCAAUAUUGCCCAUUCUUCAAGCUGAAGAGGAUGAAAGAUUUGUUAAAGAGUGGAAGAAAUAUCUGGAAGAGGAGGCUCGAAUCAUGAAAGACGUGCCUGGCUGGAAAGUUGGUGAAAGUGUCUACCAUUCUGGGAGAUGGAUGCCCCCGGCAACUGGGGAGCUGCGACCUGAUGUCUGGUAAAAAAAAGGAUCUUAAUGUUCAGACUACAAGCGAGUGAAGGCAGGAAGACUUUAAACAAUAAAUUGUUUUUCAAUCUCAACUUCGUUGAUAUUUUAUGUGGAGGUUUAUGCAUAUGUAGGAUCGGAACUGCCAUCAGUGGCUUGUGUAUUCAAUAAUUUCAUUGGUACUUUGGAUUAAAUUCUUUUCUUAUACGUUUUUCAGUUGUUUGAAGGGUAAAUUACAGAUAGGUACCCUGUACCCUGAACUUUAAAUUACAACACUUGUACCUUGAACUCUCAUUUUAAGGCAUUACAUAAUGCUUUGUGUAUUUUCAAACUGUUUUGCCCUUCUGAUGUAUAAACCCCAAUUUGUAAA